AUGACUGCCUCAGUGACAUACCCAAGGCCUGACUUUCAACGGACCACAUUCACCUGGUCAAGUCUGGACGGACCCUGGGACUUCAUCUUUGACGAUGCCGACGGCGGUCUGGUGCAGCGGUGGCCACAAGUGGGUUUACCGAUCGACAGCAACGGACACAAGAAGCGCACGAUUACGGUGCCAUUUGCCUUCCAGACACCGGCCUCAGGUAUCGGCCUUCACGAAGCCCAUGAAGUGAUCUGGUAUGAACGCACCAUUAGCGAUAUCCGUAGUGAGAACGAAACAACCAGAGAUAAUCGCCUUGUGAUCCGUUUCGGAGCCGUGGACUACGAAUGUUCGGUCUGGGCGGAUGGACGGUAUGCCGGAGGUCACUGCGGAGGCCAUGUGCCUUUUGAUGUGGAUGUCACAGACGCUUUCAUCGGGAGCGAUCCCCCAAAGACUCUUCGACUGACGGUGCGAGUUCGGGAUUCGCCCUACGAUCUUACACAACCCCGCGGGAAGCAGUAUUGGGGUCCGGUGUCAGAAAGUAUCUUCUACUCCCCUACCAGCGGCAUCUGGCAGUCUGUGUGGCUUGAAAGUCUACCUGCCAUGCGUCUCGCCGGUGGCAGUGACGGAACGAUUCUCCGGUCGGAUGAUAUUGAAAGCGGUGUAUUGCAUGCUCGUGUUGCAGUUGUCGGCCGCCGGGCAGGCCAAAAAUGCGCGGCUGAAAUCGAGGCUAGUCUCGGAGGCAUUCAUGUCGGUAGCACGAAGAUCGACCUUCCGAGUGAUAAGAAUUUUGUCCUUCUUGACCUAGGGAUGAAAGUGCCAAACGCUUCGGAGCUGCAAAAGAAACCCCCUUUCAAUGUCGAUGGCAGUUGGUCAAAUGGAGUCGCACUGUGGCAACCCGAACAUCCCGCCUUAUAUGACGUGACGCUGCGGCUGUACAAUGACUCUGGUAUGAUGGUAGAUGAGGUCCAAACGACGGCUGGAAUGCGAAGGAUAACAUGGAAUACUGGCGAUGGAACCUUCCGGUUGAAUGGAAAGCCCUAUUUUCAAGCUCUGGUCCUUGAUCAGGGAUAUUGGAAAGAUACAGGCAUGACACCCCCAUCUCCAGAUGCGUUGAAAGCCGACAUACACAUGUCCAUGGAUAUGGGGUUCAAUGGAUGCCGCAAGCAUCAAAAGGUCGAAGAUCCCAUGUUCCUCUACUGGGCCGAUAGACUGGGAUACUUGGUUUGGGGCGAGAUGGCCAGUGCUUACGAGUUCAGCGACGACUAUGUCGAUCGGUUCAACGGGGAGUGGAUUGAGAGUGUGAAGCGAGACAUCAAUCACCCGUGUAUUGUGACAUGGACGCCGAACAACGAGAGCUGGGGCUAUCCUUCGCUGAAGGGCAGCAUUGACCAGCGCAACCAUAUGCGGUCUCUAUACUAUAUGACAAAAACACUCGACCCCACUCGACCAAUCAACGACAAUUGUGGUUGGGAGCACGUCCUCACUGACCUGACAACAUACCAUGACUAUGCUGACUCUCCUGAGUUGGCUGUAUCUUGUUCGAAACUGGAAGGUGGCAUUCUCGACAAGAAGUCUGAUCGUGAAAUGUUCACAAAACAGAUCCAUGCCGGCUCUGUAUGUAUCGAUCCAGGUGCGCAGCACAAGCAAGGCGCUCCUGUGAUCUGCACAGAGUUCGGAGGUGUCAAUAUUGCUCCAGCGAAAGGAGCUUUUGUCAAUGAGAGAGAUUGGGGUUAUACAACUGCUGCAGACCCUCAGGACCUUCUGAACAGACUUGAACAGCUUGUCAUGGCGGUGGUCAAGGGCGGGCACUCAUGUGGCUUCGUGUACACCCAGUUGUACGAUAUCGAGCAGGAAGUCAACGGCCUCUACUCCUACGAUCGUCAAGAAAAGGUACCGGGAGCAAAGGUCAAAGCAAUCAUAGAUGCAGCCAAGGAGCACUACUAUUCUGUCGUGCUGAAGUAA